GGUUCCUGGAGGAGUCUGAGAUAAGGCUGUGGCCAGAGACGCGGGUUUUGGUCGUGGGUUCCUGGGCGGGGGCAAGGCACGUGCUUCUCCAUCGCGCCCUACGCAACACUCAUCACGCACUUUACUUCGCUCCCUUAAUCCUUGAACCACCAGCCUCGCCAGACGAUAUUCAGCGCUCACACAGUGCUGACAAUGUCACUGUUAUAGUACCAGAAAACCAGGAACAUGCCUCGUCAGGCACAUCACCUGUUCAUGUCCGAUUGCUCAAGCGUUGUCUCUACUGUAAUGCAAGUAUGGCUGGCGUCCAGUUGCUGUUCUCAGGGACGCUGCAAACGGCGAUGAAGGGGUUGGAAAAUCUAAUAUCCGGCUUGUUUUUGAGGGAUGAGGAGCAAAACCUUCAAGGCCGCCGCUUGAGGGUGGUGGGUCUCAGGCAUGACCCUUACACAAGAUACCACCUGUCCCCACUUGGACCCGCAUACCCUGUCAUUCCUCUCAUUUCCAUAGAUUUCAGCAUUCUCGAAGCCGUGGCUUCCUCGCUGAAUUUCACAUACGAAGCCAGGCCGCCUGAAGUGCCGCAAUUCGGUCUCCCUCUUGGUGAUGGGAACUGGUCGGGCACGGUGGGCACUCUCCAGCAUGAAGAGGCUGACUUUUCCUUCAUUCUCUCCAUGACACCCGGCAGAAUGAAGGUCGUCGAUUACUCACGGAUCUAUAGAUCGGAGUCUCUUUGUAUUAUGUCCCCGAAACCUAAAACGUUGGCGCAAUACCUUCAGCUGUUUAAACCUCUCUCUGGUUCGUAAGCUUUUAUUAAAUUGUUUUUCUUGAAUACCACAUGAAUUAUUAUUGUAAUUUUCAUUGCUUCUGCAUCGUAAUAUCGACA